AUGAUAGGAUUUUCGAGCCGGAAAAGUGUAUCACUCUUUAUUGCCUUCAAAGACAGAAGCAAUCUAUCAUAUUCAACAUCAGCUAAGGCUGAACAAAAGAGCUUCUGCUGUUCUUGCUCAACCUUCAAAGCUGACAACAAUAAAGGGAAGCCUGUCCAAGCAAUGUUGUUAGAGCUUUAUCAUAAACUUGUACCACCUUCGGACACAGGAGCCAAGGCAAUAUCUACAUAUUUAUCUAGCCUCUGUGGUGAAACCAAGAUUAGUGAUUCAUUGAGUCUUGGACCAGGCUCUAGGCCACAUGUUUUGCAAAUCCGCAACAUUGUCAACUGUGUUGCUCUCCUAGGAGAGAAAAUGACACUGCCCUCCAAGGAUGAAGUGAAAAGUGCAGUAAACCAUGACUAUGUUCCCUACCAAACAUCAGUACAGGCUGGAGACUUUGGCAUCCUAGGAGCCCAAGGAUUCAAGGAAAAUGUGUUUGAUUGUCUUGGAAACAUAAUUGAUGAUUCCUCUGGCUUUUUCUCAAUCUCUACCACUUCAGUUUUCUGGAAAUAUAUGCCAGUCAUGAAGAAGGUCUCUCUUAUGUGGGAAAAUCCAUUUACAUGGGAGAUUGAUUUCAAUAGUGCAAGAAAUGACGGAUUCGAGACUAUAGCCACAGAAUGGGGCUGCUGUGUAUCACUCAAUAUUACACCAUAUGCUGCCUCACAAUUCCUCGAAUACAGCACCCCGUUUCUGGCUGAUUGUCAUGAGAAUUGGAAGGAUACAGUUCUUGUAACAAAGGUGGAUUACUAUGAAUUGUAUGAAUUCAACAUAUGUGGUGCACAAGCAGAUGCAACAGGAACAACUGCUAUUCAGUCUCUUCCAACAAUAUAUGCAAUUCAACGACAUGUGGGCAAGGCUACCGAACUUGUUUUCUCCAAAAGCCAAAUAGACUUGCAUACAAAGCCUACAGUUUUGGAUGACUACAUUCAAUUCAAGAAGAAACGAAUUGUGAAGGCAAUCGAUUAUGUGCGUAUCAACAUGGACCAAUGCGUAAAGAAAGUUACACGUAUGGAGUCUCAACAGGAAUCAGCCCUCAGAGGGACACAGUACAGUUCAAUCAGCUGUCGAAGACAUGUCGGAAGCGACCGUCCGCUAUUCAUGCAGGAGUACGAAGCACUACCUUUUUCGAGCAGUAGCAAGCACGAAAUGACACCUGUAUCGAAAGAAAUAUGA